CAUGGCCCCGUGUGUGUUGCAACGGCUUUGCCCGUCGCAGCCUCCGCGUCCGCCGUCUAGCGUCUGCAUACAUCAACUCGACUAAACCGUUAACUCACAUGACAAAUAAGUGACAUCAAAAGCAGGUAUCGUAGUAAGGGCGUUCUCACAUACGGCAUACAUCCAAGCAUAAAAGAUAGCGUGCACUCCUGCGCGCGAAAGUUUUCCUGCCAACGUUGUCACGUCUUCCGCUGGCUACUCUGCUGUGUUCACUGUCGCUGCGCUUGCUACAAAAUCAACUCUACUACAUGAUUUCGUGGCUGAUUGCCGCCGGCGUGUUCGGCGUACUUGGAUGUGUUCAGACGGCAACGACAGGAUGCAAGCAUUGUAUUCUAUUAGGCAAAGAAGAAAAGGCAAUGUUCCGAGCUCACUCAGAAGCCUGCUUACCACAAUCGCAAGUUGACCCCAAGCUCGUCGACGCCAUGCUGAACGGAGAGUUGAUUGACAAUCAGGCAUUAAAGAAGCACGUAUACUGUGUGCUGCUCAAGUGCAAGGUGAUAAGCAAAGACGGAAAACUCCAGAAGACCGCUGUAACAGGCAAAAUGUCGUUAAGGGCUGAUGGAAAGAAUGCUACAAAGAUUCUGGAAAAUUGCGCACAAUAUCAGGGCGAUAUCCCUGAAGACGUCGCUUGGAAUUUGUUCCGUUGUGGUUACGAAAAGAAAGCCGUCCUAUUCGACUACAUGCCGACAGAGGGCGUUAGCCGUGAUAUCGAAAAUAAUUUUGAGUAAUCUAAACAAUUAUAUUUUAUUAUAAAAUAUAUAUCUAAAUAUAUUAAUAUCCAUAUACAUAUUCAUAUGUUUUCAUUAUAAUAUGUAACUUUGAAAUGUACUCGUAUAUUACAAUUUAUUUUUAUUAA